AUGUUGGAUGAGUCACUUGACUCUCUGAUACCAGGCUUAAGGAGGAGAAGUGGCAUUUCGGAGUUUGAAACAAAGACCAAAAAUGGGAGAGCAUUUCUGGUUGCUAGUCUUUAUGGCUUCAGUAAUAAUAAAAAAGUAGAAGGAUACGAUGCUGCGGUUUAUGCAGUCUCCUCCGGGCUACAAAUUCUUGUGACCAACGCUGUAGGAACAAGAAGGCCAGUAACCUGCUUGCAAGCUGCAGUCUCCGAACACAGGAUCAUGGCCACCCUGAAUGCAGGUCGUGAAUGCAAGGAGUACGAGGUUAGAGCAGUACUUGAAAAAGGCACAUUUGCUCAUUAUCCUGCUGUUCGGUUGAUGGUUGACUUCCUCAAGGUUCCUCCAUAUUUGAAGUGCAUAGGAAAAGAGCUUUUUACACUGGUCCCUGGAAUUGCUUUCAUGAUGGGCUUAUCACAGAAAGAAGAGAGAAACCCCCCUCAACAGAUGGAGCUGAUAGUGGGUCAGAAUUAUCCACAAGCCUAUCUUUUGGUCAUAAGGUUGCCAAAUGAGGUCAUCUAUGCUACAAAUAGUAUUGUUCCAGCGAUUCAGAAGAUAGAGCCAUUCAGUCUUCAGGCUCUGAAUGGCAUUUGCUCAGUAAAUGGUAAAACAAUUACAACCUUCAAUAAAGAAGAAAUAAGGAAUGUGAUGCCUGAAAACUGUUUCCAGAUCUUGGUCAAGGAUUGUAAGCAAGACAGCAAGUUCCUGGUGAUGAUGAAAGAGCAGUCUGAGAAUCCAGAGUAUAGAGAAGUCAUGGUCAUGUUUGGCAGCAUGAACAUUCACUUACGGGUCCACGGUGAAAAGCUCGAUGUGACAGAUAAUGCUGGUAAAAUUAAGUCAUUCCCACACAAAGUCAGAACGGAAACAGGAGCUGACUCAACCAUUGAAAUCGAUCUGAAAAAAAAUAAGGAGCUUGUACUUCUUGCUCACGAAUAUGGACUUGAAAAAUUAACCUAUGAUGGAGUGAAGAUCAAGGUUGAGGUCAAUGACGAGAUGAGAGGAGCCUUAUGUGGUCUCUGUGGGAAAUUUGAUGAUGAAACAUUAAAAAAAUACUUAACACCAACUGGCUACUCAGCUAAAAAUGAAAAGAGUUUCGUCCUGUCUUGGGUGUCCCCUGCUGUUAAUACAUCUGUCGAAGCUUGCAAACUACAACAUGAAUUCGUGGAAGACAGCACAAAAGAACAGUCAAAAUGCCGUACAGAUAUGCCUGUGUUGCGCUGUGGCACAAAUUGCACGGCCUCUAAAACCGAAGACACUACUGUUGACUUCCACUGCAGGUCAUCUGAUUCCACUGAGAUUUUGAGGCUUGAACACCGGACUGUUCAAUACCACACGGCAUGCUCGUGUGAAUGA